AUGGCUAAAGGAAAAACUGUGGUUGAUGCCUCAGGGAAAAUGGAAAAGGUGGCCCUGAUGGAGUCUGUGCCCAUAGAAGUAAACGGAAAGAGGCUGGAGCAUCAGUUCCUUUAUAUGGACAAAUGCCCUGCCAGUCUUUUGGGGGAUUCGUGUAAACUGGUCACGGUAAGUCUCUUAAACUUCUUGGGAUGUGAAGGAUUCAAAGUUUCAAAAAGCAAGGCACAGAUUGCGCUGACUGUGAUUGUGUAUUUGGGAUUUGUACUUUCCAGAGGACAACGGCAACUGAGUCAGGAGCGUAAGGAAACAGUCUGCCGGGUGGGCCUACCAGAGACGAAAAGGCAGUGGAGAACUUUCUUGGGAAUGACGGGUUUUUGUAGACUCUGGAUCCCAAAUUAUUCCAUAAUUGCAAAACCUCUAUAUGAGGCUUUGAAGGGACCUGGUGAAUGGGUUGAGGCAACUCCUGAAAUGAAACAGGCUUUCAAAGUACUGAAAGAAAAGCUUCUUUCGGCGCCUGCCUUAGGCUUACUCGACCCGGAAAAACCACAUGAACUGUUUGUGCUUGAGAGGGAUGGAAUGGCCCUGGGGGUCCUCACUCGGCGGAUUGGGAGCUGGCGGAGGCCGGUUGCCUCUCUCUCGAAGCAACUGGGCCAGGCGGGGAAAGGCUGGCCGACGUGCCUUCGAGCAGGGGCAGCCACCAUAUUACUCUCUAAGGAGGCAGGGAAGUUUACCCUUGGUGCUCCAAUUACAGUUCAUGUGCCUCACGCUGUCACAACGGUGUUGGAGCAGAAAGGGGGUCUGUGGAUUUCAAACGCCCGAUUGGGGCAAUAUCAGGCAGCCUUAUUGGACAGCCCGGAGUUGCGUUUCAUAACCAGUACUUGUCUCAACCCGGCUACCUUACUCCCAAAACCACAGCCAGAUGGUGAUCCGAUUUUACACGAUUAUCAGGAAUUCUCUAGCAGGCAGGACUUGAGGGAUGUCCCCAUUAGCCACGCUGACUGUGAAUUCUUCGUUGAUGGGAGCAGCAUAGUCAGGGAUGGGCUUUGGCGAGCAGGAUAUGCAGUUGUAACAGAAUGGGAGGUAGUGGAGGCUAAACCCCUCCCUCCCGGCACCUCAGCUCAGCAAGCCGAACUAAUUGGCCUCACGAGAGCUUUCCAACUGGGAAAAGGAAAGAAAACCAACAUUUUUACUGACUCCAGGUAUGCCUUUGGAGUACUUCAUGCCUUUGGAGGGAUGUGGAAGAAUAGAGGGUUUAGAACAGUGGAAGGGGAGGAGAUUAAAAACCUAAAGGAAGUUCAGGCCCUCUUCGAGGCUGUGCACCUGCCCCUCAAGGCGGCUGGGAUGCAGGUGAAAGGACGUGGAAAGGCGCUUCAGCAGACGGAAAGGAACGGGAACUGA